AUGGCAUCCAUACUGAUUGUAGACGACGACCAGGCACAACUUACAAUUCUACAGCGCAUUUUAAAACGCGAAGGGUACACGGUUGAAAUUGUUGAAGACAGCAAAGCCGCGCUUGAGAACUUAGAGAAACAGAUGUUUGAUCUUGUUAUCAGCGAUAUGUGGAUGUCUUCACGGUUUGAAGGUCGAGAUCUGCUUCGGGAAAUAAAGCGUACCGAUCCAGAUCUACCAGUGCUUAUCAUGACAGCGUACGCCGAGUUGAAUGACGCAGUUAAUCUUGUUGCACACGAAGGGGCAUUUUACUAUCUCGAGAAACCGAUUCAGAUUGAUGUUCUGAAACGAGAAGUGAAGCACGCCCUGCAGACUCGCGGUGCCCUUGGAGAACCAGAAGCGGUAAACGACGAUUCAACGCCUGAAAUUCAGAUUGAUGAGAUUAUAGGUGAAAGCGAGCAAAUGCAGGAGCUUUUCAAAAAAAUGGCUCGGAUUUUGCACCGCGGUGUCACACAAGUGCUCAUCACAGGAGAAACCGGGUCUGGAAAAAGUUUAGUUGCGCGAGCACUCCAUAAAAAUGGACUUAGAAAAGACAAACCUUUCAUCGCUGUUAACUGUGGCGCGAUUCCAGAUACGCUCAUUGAAAGUGAACUCUUUGGACACGAAAAGGGGGCAUUUACAGAUGCAGCGCAGCAGAAGAAAGGGCUGUUUGAGGUAGCAAACGAAGGGAUACUCUUUCUGGAUGAAAUCGGUGACCUACCGAUUCAGACACAGAGCAAACUCUUGCACGUCUUAGAGGAACGUAACAUACGUCGAGUCGGUGGGACCCAGAGCAUUAAAGUGGAUGUAUGUGUGAUUGCUGCCACAAACAAGGAUCUAAUUCAGGCAGUCCGAGAUGGUGCAUUCCGUGACGAUCUCUAUUUCCGUCUGAAUGUAAUUCCACUUCACGUCCCGCCGCUUCGGGAACACCCUGAGGAUAUCCCAAUGCUCGUGAAUUACCUGAUCGAUAAAUUUAGCAAUGAAUAUGCGGAGGCCUUACCAAAACAGGUUACACCGCAAGCGAUGUCAGCACUCCGACGUUACGAGUGGCCCGGUAACAUUCGGCAAUUAGAAAAUUAUCUCCGUAGGAUAUUUGUGCUUUCAGAAAAUGAAGUGAUCGACAAAGACGAAUUGCCCCCGGAAAUUUUAGAUACGUCGCUGCCUACGACCGAUGUUGAGUUCGAUAUACCGGAGGAAGGGGUUUCACUUGAGGAAAUUAUUAAGGAAUAUGUGUACAGCGCAUUGGCAAGAAGCAAUGGGAACCAAAUUCAAGCCGCAAAACUGCUCGGUAUUUCGCGUCGCAAACUCCAGCACCGGAUGCAGAAAUAUGAACUCCAAAGCCAAGAUUUCAAAACAGAACUGUAG